AAAUUAUAUCAUAUGGCGGCGUUAUAUAAAAUUUAUUUGUUUUGUUUACAAGUAGUAGUUAUAUUUGCAGUAGUUAGUUGUAGUAGUGAAGAUAGAUAUACAAAUCAUGGCCAUGGCUGGAAUCAUGCUCACGCUACAUUCUAUGGAGAUAUCAAUGGCGGUGAAACCAUGCAAGGGGCUUGCGGAUACGGAAACCUAUUCGAGCAAGGUUACGGCCUAAAAACAACAGCCCUAAGCACCGCAUUGUUCAACAACGGUGCAGCAUGCGGAGCUUGUUUCGAGAUAAUGUGCGCAAACGAUCCACAAUGGUGCGUCCGCGGUUCCGUAAUCCGCGUAACGGCCACAAAUUUCUGCCCGCCAAACUACACGAAAACUCAUGAUAUUUGGUGCAACCCUCCACAAAAGCACUUCGACCUUUCGCUGCCCAUGUUCCUAAAAAUCGCGCAAUACAAAGCCGGAGUAGUCCCGGUUAUAUAUAGGCGAGUCGUGUGCUGGAAAAAGGGCGGUAUCAAAUUCGAGAUAAAAGGUAAUCCGUAUUGGAUGCUCGUUCUUGUGUACAACGUUGGUGGAGUUGGUGAUGUUACGUCGGUCAAGAUUAAAGGGUCGAGUAGUAAUAAUUGGAUUGACAUGAGUCGGAGUUGGGGGCAAAAUUGGCAUACUUCGGAGGGAUUGCAAGGGCAGGCGUUGUCUUUUCGGGUGGAAACUAGUGACGGUAAGGUGGUGCAGUCGAACGACGUCGCACCGGCGAAUUGGCAGCUUGGGCAAACUUAUGAGGGCAAGAAUUUCCAUUAGUUACACAUAUUUUUACUUUGUGUUUAGUUAGUUUUUUUUAACAUUGUGAUGGGAUGUAGUAGACAUUUGAGUGUUUU